AUGCAACGAGAUUUCGUCCGCCACAUCUGGCUCAACAUUGAGGUGCAGCAAUACAAAUGCCCGCAUUUCCCGUUCUCCCGAUUAAACGGACCUCUCAUCGUAGCCGCAAUCCGGAAGAUCUUUUCCAUCCUCAGCAAGUGGAAGCCAGGGCAAGAGUUGACUCUGGAGCUACACGCGUAUCGUCCCAGCGACCUGGGCUAUUACUUCAAGGGCUUUUAUUUCGCCACCGACGCCGAGGGCGACUACGCCGACAUUUACGUCGAAGGCUCAAUUACUGGUCACUCAAACCUGUAUUGGAGAGCCUUUGUGGUCUACGGCACAUGGUUGGGCAUCUUCAUGCCGAGAUCCAUGGACUUCGAGACGCCCCUGCUGUUCCAGCAGGGUCUCCCUGCAACAGUCAAGACAUUGACUGUGUUUGAAGAUUUCAACGAAGAAUUCGCUGUAAUACUGGCCCGCAACAACGGCGUGGCCUGGCAUAGCUGUGUUGCCCGGUACCGGAUCGCGGAUCCGGGCUUGGGUGCGAUUUUUGCCUCUCAAAGUCGCAAGCUUGAGCGUCUCUCCGUGUCCUUCUUGGUCGACGCCAAGGACUUCUUUGAUUCCUGCGUCAAGCAACAUGGGACCUGGCGCCACUUAGAGACUCUGGCCCUGACAGUUCGACUCUUCCAGCAAGAAACGCCCCACCAAGAGAUCAAUGAUCUUCUACUCAAGGCCAGCGAGAUAGCGGUACGGAUGCCCAAGUUGCGUACCAUGGUGCUCUGGAACGGCGCCAGAGGGAAUGCAUGCGCUUUCGUGUUCCAAGCGAAGGCAGGCUGCGCAUUUAUCACCUGGCGCAGCACGUGGGAUCACGAGAUAAACCAUAGGGUCGAGGAGGCAUGGGAGCAGCUUGCGUCGCGGGACCAUUCGCGUUACGUCCUCACCAAAAAGGAGAAGAUUCAGGGCCAAGUAGCGUCGCACGGCGAUGCUAUUCACCUAUUAGACUUACCCUGCCAGGUGGUCGAGCCUGCAUCCCUGUGGCAGAUCCGAAGGGAGGGAGCAUUCGGAAUUGUCACACGAGUUCCAAAGAAAUUGGAGGUGGUUGCAGGUGCUGCGCGGGUAGCCAUCGCAUCGAUCUUUCACCCCCUGAAGCAGGCACAGUGCUGGCCACUCGUGUCCAUCACCGGGUUCACAAGACGUGACCAAGGGCCUGACAUCUUCCAAAUCGGCCAAGCCGGAGUCAUCCCAAGUUCCCUACCAAUCUUUAAGUAUGAGCCCACGAAUGCGAUGAAGGGCCUCAAGGGCGAAGAGCAUCCUAGCUGCCUUGCUCAUGGGUCUCUGGACGACUAUGGAGGCUCUCACUGA